GUUGAGCUGGCACGACGAGUCGAAUCUGGAAAGGUUCCACACUUCGGCUACACGGAGGUGGCGCAAAGACGUGUGGGUUUCCGAGUCCUCUCUCUGCGCAGUGAAGUGGUCAAAGAAGGUAGCGAUCCACUGUAUGUCGCCACCGUACAGAUGCUGGCAGACAGCGACCUUUCGCGAAUGCGUACAGGUGCCGGCGAGCAUCCGGCGCCAGAAACAAUCUGGGGACAGGUCUACGUUCAAACUGGUGGUGGUCUGGGCUUUGCUUCCUACCACUUUCAAAGCCCGGACACCUGCUACAUCUCUUACGAGAGCGCUCUCAGCAAGACCUUCCCCGCGCUGGACAAUGGAAGCCAGCCGCCUCCCAAAAAGCUCUUCGAGGAGUUCUCCUACGACCCUAGGACGCGCACCUUCAAGGGGGUGAUCGACUGGUCCCCGUCCUCUUGGCAGGGGGAUCAGAAGUGGGUGUACAACAUGACGUUCUCCGCAGAUCUGGAUAGCAUUGUCGCGGGCAAGGUGCACUCUGUCCCUGCUGACGACAAGAAGCCUUCCAAGGACUUGCACUUUGGUGUGCACCUUGGCCGUUUUUAA